AUGACGUCACUUCAAGAAUUCUUAGUAAAAAAAAUCGAAUCAUGGAAGCCGCAACCGCCAGAAGUAGAGAGGAGAAGCAGUCGUGACGUCACUCUAGUCUUCUCAGCGGGACCUUUCUGUUUCCUCGAAAACCAGCUCAUAUUUAGAGUGGAGAAAAAGGAAAAGAUUCCAUCAUGGAUUACUGUUUACAGUGGAGGAAGAACAAAAAAAACAAUCGACAACCUCGCACCAAGCCACCCACACAGAUUCCGUUUUAAAGUAAUAAUCAAAUCAUCAGCAAUCAAAGAUUUAGAGAGAGCAGCGAUCGAACAUUACGGAGAUGAAAAAACCGUUUACGAAGUCCUGAAAGAAAUUGAUGAUUCGGAAGAUCUCAAACAAAGUAAAGAAAAUAAUUCAAGUGGAGUCGACGACAAAGCAAAAUCCGUUCCUUCAUACACAAUGGACUGUGAAAAACAGCCAUUGUCUCGCCAAAUCUUUGAAGGGAAACCGAUUGAGAAAAGUGCUCCACCUCGUCAAUACAAGUGCCUGUCGUCACGAUGGUCAGAAGAGACAUGGACAAGCACUGACUCAAAUGGUACCUCGGUCGUUUGCUUCUGCAUGGCUGUGCGGUGUGGAUAUCUUAAACAAGUGCAACAAAUGCUUGAAGACCGACCCACGCUUAUCUCUGUAGUCAAUGCUAACAACGGCUAUACCCCGCUCGCCACGGCAGCCAGGAAAGGUGAUGUAAGCAUGGUUCGGUUCCUAUUAUCAGCCGACGCAGAAAUUGAACAGCCGUCGUCAACGGGACAGACUCCUCUUCAACUAGCGGUACUCACUGGACAUGUGGCUGUAGCUGACCUGCUCCUGGAGAAAGGAGCUGACUUCCAGGCUCGUGACUUCAACAAACUACGUAUAGAACACUAUGCGGUUGACUCUUGUAAGCUUGAAAUGGUGAAAUAUAUAUUUGGGAAAGGCGGUGACGUCGGUGUAAGAGACAGCAAUGCUUGGACUCCCCUCUUCAGAGCUGUGUGCCAAGGCGCUAAAACGGAUAUAAUAGAAGAGCUGGUCCGACGAGGAAGUGACGUUGACGCAGUCGAUCGAGCAGGACUCAGUGUCGCAGCAGCCGCACGACUCUUAAAAGAUCGACACGGCCGGCGAAGAGAAUCCGUUCUUCGACUCGUGGAUUCGCAAUUCCAACACGAAAAGGUCGUGGCUAACUUCACACGCCUCACAAAGAAGAUUUCAAGUGUUCACACUCUACUUGGUAUAAAGUAA